UUUCGGCGUGAGUGAAUGGAACCUUUUCCAACAAGUACUCGCCAUUUGGAGUACUAAUUGUGUCUUAAGUGGGCGUCGAUUAUUUUUUUCUGCUAGGCACUGCAUGUGUGUGCUCUAAGGACAUUAUAAAGACAGUUGUGCAAAACAUUGUAUAGUGCAGUGAAGUAACAAUUUUUGGAACAAAAUAAAUAAACAAAUAAAAUUACAAGAUGAUUGUGGAAAAAGUUUUGGAGCGUGCCACUAAGCUGGAGAUGUGCAGCGUGCUCGUUCUGCUCGCGCUCUUGUUGACCGUCUACACAUUCUACUCAGAGCUAUGGUCUUAUUUAAGAUCAGUGUUGCUCUCGCUGCGUCUUCAGGGACCGCCAUCGUGGCCUUUGAUUGGUAACACCAUGCUGAUCAAAGAGAAGGAUCUGAUGCAGAAUCGUGCCGCAAACGCUUUUACGCUCUAUGGCUCGCUUAUACGCAUUUGGGUGCUAUUUCUGCCAUUCUUUGUGGUUCUCGAGCCGGAGGAUUUGCAAGUCAUACUCUCGUCCAAGAAGCACACAAACAAGGUCUUUCUUUAUAAGCUGAUGCACAAUUUUCUGGGAGAGGGCUUGAUCACUAGCAGCGGCUCCAAGUGGAGCACUCAUCGCAAGCUCAUCCAGCCUGCAUUUCAUCACAGUCUGCUCUAUAAGUUUAUUGACACCUUUGUGGAUGCUUCGCAAUCGCUGAACGAGAUUCUCGAUGCCUCCGCCAUCAACAAGGACAUCAACAUUGCUCACUAUAUGAACAACUGCGUGGUUGACAUACUCAAUGAGGCUGUGCUUGGUGUGCCCAUCAAGAAGAAGGGCUUGGGCCUGAUGGAGGACUCGCCGUUCCGCAAGGGCAAACUCAUGAUACCCACGCGUUUCCUACAUCCUUGGCUGCUUUUUGAAAGCGUCUAUAAAUUCACCUCGCUGGCCAGCGAUGAGCUCAACCAGAAGAAGCGUCUCAACGAUUUUACCCGGAUGAUGAUCAAGCAGCGUCGCCAGCUCAUGGCUGAGGCGGGCAACAAUAAUGUGGAACGCAAAUGUCUGCUCGACUCCAUGAUUGAGAUCUCCGAUGCCAAUGAGGAUUUCACCGAGGAGGAUAUUGUCAACGAGGCGUGCACAUUUAUGCUUGCUGGCCAGGAUUCCGUGGGCGCUUCCGUUGCCUUUACCAUCUUUCUGCUCACCCAAAAUGCGGAUUGUCAGGACAAGUGCCGCGAAGAAGUCCUGCGCAUCUUUGGCCAGAGUAAUCGGGCGCCAACUAUGAACGAUCUGCAUGAGAUGCGCUAUCUGGAGAUGUGUAUCAAGGAGUCGCUGCGUCUGUAUCCCAGUGUGCCUGUCAUCGCUCGCCAGCUGGGCGAGGAGGUGCGCCUGGGUGGCCACUCUUUGCCAGCAGGCAGCAAUGUCUUUAUCUGUCCGUAUUCCACCCAUCGACUGCCGCACAUCUACCCGGAACCACACAAAUUCAAGCCGGAGCGUUUUACCGCCGAAGAGGUGGAGAAGCGUCAUUCCUGUGCCUUCCUACCGUUCAGCGCUGGUCCACGUUACUGUAUUGGCAACCGCUUUGCCAUACUCGAGAUGAAGACAAUUCUAUCGCGUUUACUGCGCAGCUAUCAACUGAUCCCUGUGCCCGGCAAGACAACCGCCGAGGAGACCUUCCGCGUCACACUGCGUGCUUCAGGCGGACUUUGGGUGCGAUUAAGGCCGCUGGAGCAACAGACAGUAUUAGACACGGCAACACACUAACGUAUUAGACGCAGUUGACACAGUUUACAAAAAACAAGAGACCAGGUUUAGUUGAUCCUCUAGAGAUUCCCAGGACACCCGCUGGCUUCGUUACAAUUAACUUUAAUUAGUAUGGUAAAUAGUUAUGCAUAUAAUAUAUAUUAUAUAUUAAAUCGAUACAAAUAAUUUAAA